CCUCCAGAGGCAGGUGGCCCCUUUGGCAUUCCCAGGGCAGCCUCUGCUCCGCCCCAGGCGCGACUGGUGGCCAAAGAAAGCCCCCCUCGGCUGUUUCUCCGCUGUCUCCUCAGUGUGGUGAAGGGAAAAGACCAGCCAUGCAGCCAGCUCAGGGCUCGGUGUCCUUCGAAGAGGUGGCUGUGCAUUUCUCCAAGGGGGAGUGGAGCCUGCUGAGCCCAGCGCAGAGAGCCCUGUACAAGGAAGUCAUGCUGGAGAAUUUUGGGCACGUGGCCUCUCUGGGGCCCGAGGUUGCCAAGCCUGACCUCAUUUCCAGGCUGGAAGGAGAAGAAGAGCCGUUUCUCCUGAUGUCUGAUGCAGAAGAGGGAUUGGCAGGAGGCAUGUGGAGGUCACUGAAUGAACCAUCUGAGCAUCCAGUGAUGGAUAAAGGGGACACCUAUUCAGAUCUGAAAGGGGCUAAAUAUUCUGAUACCCUGAGGAAGGAGGAGAGAAAGCAUCCAUCUAAAGGAAGGAGUGAUUCCGGUCUUUUACAAGGUGAAUACGCUCAUGAAAUCCCACUACUUGAAAAAAAGUACAUAGAAGGCAAUAGAAAUGAGGGCAGUGCAAGUGGGAAUUCUUUUUCUGAAAAAUCAAAUAUCAGCAUGGAUUGGAAAAGCCAUAACACAAAGAAAAAAUAUAAAUGCCUGGAGUGUGAGAAAACCUUCAAAAAGAGUGGAAACCUUAAUUCCCAUCAAAGAAUUCACACCGGGGGAAAACCUUAUAAAUGCCUGGAGUGUGGAAAAAGUUUCAGUAAGAGUAGAAAUCUUUAUUCCCAUCAAAGAAUGCACACAGGAGAAAAACCUUAUAAAUGCCAGGACUGCGGGAAAAGCUUCGGUCAGAGAGUACACUUUAAUUCCCAUGAAAGAAUUCACACAGGGGAAAAACCUUAUAAAUGCCUGGAGUGUGGAAAAAGCUUCAGAAGCAGUGGACACCUUAUAUCCCAUCAAAGAAUGCACACAGGGGAAAAACCUUAUAAAUGCCAUGACUGCAGGAAAAGCUUUAGUCACAGUGGUGGCCUUAAUUCCCAUCGAAGAAUGCACACAGGGGAAAAACCUUAUAAAUGCCAGGACUGUGGAAAAACCUUCACUACGAGUGGAAAUCUUCAUACCCAUCAAAGAACGCACACAGGGGAAAAACCUUAUAAAUGCCAGGACUGCGGAAAAAGCUUCAGUCAGAGUGGAAGCCUUAAUUACCAUCGAAGAAUACAUACAGGAGAAAAACCUUAUAAAUGCCUGGAUUGUGGGAAAAGCUUCAGUCACAGUAGGAGCCUUAAUUCCCAUCAAAGAAUACACACGGGGGGAAAACCUUAUAAAUGCCAGGACUGUGGAAAAACCUUCAGUACGAGUGGAAAUCUUCAUACUCAUCAAAGAACGCACACAGGGGAAAAACCUUAUAAAUGCCAGGACUGCGGAAAAAGCUUCAGUCGCCGUGGAGAGCUUAAUUCCCAUCAAAGAAUACACACGGGGGAAAAACCUUAUAAAUGCCAGGUUUGCGGGAAAAGCUUUAGUUGCAGUGGAAAUCUUUAUUCCCAUCAAAGAAUACACACGGGGGAAAAACCUUAUAAAUGCCAGGACUGUGGGAAAACCUUCAGUACAAGUGGACACCUUCAUUCCCAUCGAAGAAUGCACACAGGGGAAAAACCUUAUAAAUGCCAGGACUGUGGAAAAACCUUCAGUCAUAGUGGAGGCCUUCAUUCUCAUCGAAGAAUGCACACAGGGGAAAAACCUUACAAAUGCCAGGACUGUGGAAAAACCUUCAGACACAAUCAUGUCCUUAAUUCUCAUCAAAGACUGCACACAGGUGAAAAACCUUAUAAAUGCCUGGAGUGUGGGAAAAGCUUCAGCCGCAGUGAUAGUCUUAGUUCCCAUCAAAGAAUGCACACAGGGGAAAAACCUUAUAAAUGCCUGGAGUGUGGAAAAACCUUCAGUCACAGUGGAGGCCUUAAUUCCCAUCAAAGAAUACACACAGGGGAAAAACCUUAUAAAUGCUUGGAGUGUGGGAAGAGCUUCAGUCGCAGUGGAGAUCUUAAUUCCCAUCAACAAAUACACACAGGGGAAUAACCUUACAAAUGCCAGGACUGUGGAAAAACCUUCAGUCGCAGUCAUGUCCUUAAUUCUCAUCAAAGAAUGCACACAGGGGAAAACCUUAUAAAUGC